GCGGGGUCCCUCAAAGGCGCGGGUGCGGCGGGACCCACCCAGUCCCGAGCCGUCCUGCUGCCGCGUGCCUUCUCCCGCUCGGACCCGCGCCGUCAUGCCCAAGUGCCCCAAGUGCGACAAGGAGGUGUACUUCGCCGAGCGGGUCACCUCCUUGGGGAAGGACUGGCACAGGCCCUGCUUGAAGUGUGAGAAAUGCGGGAAGACCCUGACCUCAGGGGGCCAUGCCGAGCAUGAAGGCAAACCCUACUGCAACCACCCCUGCUACGCCGCCCUGUUCGGGCCCAAAGGCUUUGGGCGCGGCGGCGCUGAGAGUCACACCUUCAAAUGAUCCCAGGUUGAAGGCAUCCUGUCCCUGGCUGCCCGCGGACACCAGGCCGUUCCUCCAGGCAUCUGAGGCCCCAUGUGGACCCACCUGCCCUCAAUAAACCCCAACUCUGGGAAAGCCAGAA